GGCCUUCGCAAAUUCUGCUUCAUUUCUUGUCUCAGUGUCUCUCUCUGCAUUUUUCCAUUUUGCCCUCGCUUUCGAGGGUUUUUUUUUUUUUUUUGAAUUUUUUUCUUUUAAAUUUUUUUAUUUUUUAUUUCUUCUCGCCGGAACCCUAACCCUAAAUCUCGUCGGAGAAAUCUUUGCCCGAUCAGCGAAGAUGCAGCAGCAGAGACUGAAACAGCAGCAACAAGCCUUGAUACAGCAAUCGCUUCUUCAGCAGCAGUCUCUGUACCACCACCCUGGUCUCUUGGCUCCUCCUCAGAUAGAGCCUAUCUUGAGUGGAAAUCUGCCUCCUGGGUUUGAUUCAAGUACAUGCCGCAGUGUGUAUGUGGGUAAUAUCCACCCACAGGUUACAGAACCACUUCUUCAAGAGGUUUUCUCUAGUACUGGUCCCCUCGAAGGGUGCAAGCUCAUUAGGAAAGAGAAGUCAUCCUAUGGUUUUGUCGAUUACUUUGACCGGAGAUCUGCUGCCCUUUCUAUUGUGACUCUGAAUGGAAGGCAUCUGUUUGGUCAGCCAAUCAAAGUUAAUUGGGCAUAUGCUAGUAGUCAGAGAGAGGAUACAUCAGGUCAUUACAAUAUUUUUGUUGGUGAUCUUAGCCCUGAGGUUACAGAUGCUACACUGUUUGCAUGUUUCUCUGUUUAUCCUAGCUGUUCAGAUGCUAGGGUUAUGUGGGAUCAGAAAACUGGGCGUUCAAGGGGUUUUGGGUUUGUUUCUUUCCGGAACCAGCAGGAAGCCCAAAGUGCAAUUAAUGACUUAAAUGGAAGGUGGCUUGGAAGCAGACAGAUUCGUUGUAAUUGGGCAACAAAAGGUGCUGGAGGUAACGAGGACAAGCCAAAUUCAGAUGCCAAAAGUGUUGUGGAACUAACUAAUGGAACAUCUGAAGAUGGGAAAGACAAGUCAAAUGAUGAAGCUCCAGAGAACAAUCUUCAGUAUACCACUGUUUAUGUUGGCAAUCUUGCUCCAGAGGUUACUUCAGUUGACCUCCACCGACAUUUUCAUGCACUUGGCGCUGGAGCUAUUGAAGAUGUUCGGGUGCAACGAGAUAAAGGCUUUGGUUUUGUGAGAUACAGUACCCAUGCUGAAGCAGCUCUGGCUAUUCAGAUGGGAAAUGCUCGGAUUCUCUGUGGCAAACCAAUUAAGUGCUCAUGGGGCAGCAAACCUACUCCAGCAGGGACAAGCUCCACCCCUCUUCCCCCACCAGCUGCUCCACAUAUGCCUGGUAUUUCAGCUGCUGACUUUGCAGCGUAUGAGCGACAGAUGGCAUUGAGCAAAAUGGGUGGUGCACAAGGCCUCAUGCAUCCGCAGGCUCAGCAUGCCCUAAAGCAGACAGCCAUGGGAAUGGGUGCUGGUGGGAGUAGUCAGGCAAUCUAUGAUGGUGGAUUCCAGAAUGCUGCAACAACCCAGCAACUCAUGUACUACCAGUAGGUACAAGAUGACAACUCCCAUUAUAUACCUUGGCAGGCAGGAAUUAAAUCUUUGUUGAACUGUAGAACGCUUUGUUUUCUUUCUUCUUUACCCGUGUCAUAUACAUUCUGCGUGCAUGGAAUUGUAACAUACAAUGUAUUCCCGAGGGAUGAUCCCGCAUUCAGGCUUUCUGUGAGGAUGAGCAUGUAGCAUACAAUGUAUUCUGGGGGAUGAUCCCACCUGCAGGCUUUCUGUGCGGAUGAGUGGCUACGGUUUCUGAUGGGAUCCUUUUCAUUACCCACUAUAGUUUUUCCUUCUA